AAAAAUUUUCAAACUGGAUCCAAUAGAUGAUGAAGAAGAAGACCGUUCCUCGAUGUCCGUGCACAACCCUUUGUGUCCAGUUUAGUUCACAGUAGACUUUUUAACUUGGCUUCCUUCCUUCUCUUACUUUCAAACUCAAAAUUUUCUCUCUCUUUCUAGAGUCUUCAGCCCUCACAAAUUCCAAGCUUACACCACGGAGACAGCGACAUUUUCGUAUAUGCUUCCCUCUUCCGGAUCAUAAACAAGAGGAACGUAAAAAUUAAACACAACCCCAAUAUUCACUAAAAUGGUUGCUGGGAAAGUGAGGGUGGCAAUGGGAUUGCAGAAGUCUCCGGCCAAUCCUAAAACUGAUACGCCGCCAAAACCGCCUGUUCCUUCGCCUAGCUCAGGUAAAAGUUCCUCUCAGAAGGCCGUCUUCUCGCGUUCUUUUGGCGUUUACUUCCCACGAUCCUCUGCUCAGGUUCAGCCCCGUCCGCCUGACGUUACUGAACUUUUACGACUGGUGGAAGAGCUCCGGGACAGAGAAUCUCGGCUUAAAACUGAGCUUCUCGAGUUUAAGCUUUUGAAAGAGAGCGUUGCAAUAGUUCCUGUAUUGGAGAAUGAGAUUUCGACGAAAAAUGCGGAGCUUGAAAAGGCAGCGAAAAGGAUAGAGUGCUUGGAGAGUGACAACGAGGGACUGAGAACAGAGUUGAGUGAAGCAAAGGUGAAGUUUGAGGAAGAAAAACGGGAAAGUGAAAAGAAAGUUGAGGCAUUGGAGGCUGAGAUUGUGGAGUUGAAGAAAAUGGUGUCGGAUAGAGAAGCUGAAGAGCUUUCGUCUUCGCAGAGGUUUCAAGGGUUAAUGGACUUCUCAACGAAGUCGAAUCUGAUCAGGAAUUUGAAAAAAGGGGUGAAAUGUACAGACAUUUUAACUGCAAACCAUGACUGUCAAAACCAAAAGUCCGAAAUGUUAGAUUUGAAGAGGGAAGAGGUAGAAAUUGAAAGACCGAGGCACUCGAGGUGCAACUCGGAGGAACUCGCUGAGUCGACUCUUUCUAAUCUGAGAUCUCGUGUUCCCAGGAUUCCUAAACCACCACCAAAACGGUCAUCAUCGGCUAACUCAUUAACAUCUUCAACAUUAUCUAACAGCUCUGAUCAAUCCGUUUCAGCACCACCGGCACCUCCACCUCCGCCUCCACCCCCUCCACCAGCCGCAGUAAAGCCAGCUGCCCCUCCGCCACCUCCGCCACUUCCUAAAGGGAUGAGAAUGGGACCAGCAAAGGUCAGGAGAGUGCCAGAGGUGGUGGAGUUCUAUCACUCUCUGAUGCGGAGGGAUUCGCGGAGAGAGUCUGGUGCCGGAACGGCGGAUUCAUUACCAGCUACGACCAAUGCUCGUGACAUGAUUGGGGAAAUCGAAAAUAGGUCGGCGCAUUUGCUGGCGAUAAAAACCGAUGUAGAAACUCAGGGUGAGUUUAUAAGGUUUUUGAUCAAAGAAGUAGAAACUGCUGCAUUCACAGACAUUGAAGAUGUGGUGCCUUUUGUUAAAUGGCUCGACGAUGAGCUAUCUUAUCUGGUUGAUGAAAGAGCUGUGCUUAAGCACUUUGACUGGCCAGAGCAGAAGGCAGAUGCGUUGCGUGAGGCUGCAUUUGGUUAUUGUGAUCUCAAGAAGUUAGAAUCUGAGGCCUCAUCAUUUCGUGAUGAUGCUCGCCAGCCAUGCAGUCAUGCUCUCAAGAAAAUGCAGGCUUUGCUUGAAAAAUUAGAGCACGGUGUUUAUAAUCUAUCGAGAAUGAGAGAAUCAGCAACAAAAAGAUACAAAGGGUUUCAAAUACCAAUGGAUUGGAUGCUUGAGACAGGAAUUGUAAGCCAGAUCAAGUUAGCUUCGGUAAAACUAGCAAUGAAGUAUAUGAAAAGAGUAUCUGCAGAGCUUGAAAGUGUUGGUGGUGGACCUGAUGAAGAAGAGCUGAUAGUUCAAGGCGUUAGAUUUGCUUUCCGGGUACAUCAGUUUGCUGGAGGUUUUGACGUGGAAACAAUGAGGGCAUUCCAAGAGCUAAGAGAUAAAGCAAGAUCCUGUCAUGUACAAUGCCAAAACCAACAACAGAAAUUACUAUCCAGGUCUACACCUUGCUAAUCUGUAGCAAACUCAGCUUCAGAAUUUCUGCCAUUUUUUUUUGAUUGUUGUAAAGAUAGAACAUCAUGUAUGUUAAUACAAUGGCUGCGGCCAUCUCGGAAUGAAGAUUUAUCAUUCAUCAAUC